AUGGUUGCUUUCUCCUUUCUUUUCGCAGGGUUGACCCUUGCUACUGGCGCUUUGUCUGCUCCGGGUGCGAUUCCGUUGUCUAAGAGAGCUGGAACUCCAAGCAGCACCGGAACCCACGAUGGAUUUUACUACUCUUGGUGGACUGAUGGCGGAGCUGAUGCGACAUACACCAAUGGUCCAGGCGGCGAGUACACUGUCAAGUGGUCGGAUGGAGGUAACUUGGUCGGCGGCAAGGGAUACAACCCCGGUGGUCGACGAACCGUCGAGUACUCGGGUACCUAUAGCCCCGAGGGUAACAGCUACCUCGUGCUGUACGGCUGGAUCAAGAGCCCCUUGAUCGAGUACUACGUCGUUGAGUCAUUCGGCACGUACAACCCCUCCAGCGGCGGCGAGAAGAAGGGCGAGGUUACUAGCGAUGGCGGAACCUACGAUAUCUACGUCAGCACCCGAACCAACGCUCCAUCCAUCGAGGGUACCCAGACCUUCCAGCAGUACUGGUCCGUCCGCCGUGAGAAGCGCGUCGGCGGAAGCAUUACCACCGGCAACCACUUUGACGCGUGGGCCGAGGCUGGUCUGGAGCUUGGAUCGUUUGACUACAUGAUCAUGGCUACCGAGGGAUACUUCAGCAGCGGCUCUGCCACGAUUACUGUCGGUGGAUCUGAGCCUGCUGAGAGCGAGGCUUCGCCGGUGACGUCCCAGCCUGGCUCCGGCUCCGGCUCCGGAUCUGGUUCCUCUGGAUCAAACGUAAGCGCCUGCGCUCCUCAAUGGGGACAAUGCGGCGGCCAGAGCUGGACCGGCGCAACCUGCUGCCAGUCGGGAACCUGCACCGAGCACAACCCAUGGUACUCCCAGUGCCUGUAA